UGUGGACGCGAGUGGCGGAAAACGGAAAAGCAGAGCACUUCCAUCUCGCGCGACUCUGACGACUCCGGCGUUGAUGCGGCUUUAGAAAUUCCCGCAAAGUUCAAGUGACAAUUUCCCAGCCAAUAACAACUUUGCCGCAAAGUGAACGCAAAUUGAAUUGGAAUCGAUUGUCUUCGAUCUUCCUCGAUUCAUUAAAAGCUGGAAAAAGGAAAGAGGAAAAAGAAACACACACAAAAAAAAACACAAAGUUUUCAGUGCAAAAAAGUUGCAGGUUCUGUGGCUUUGCAAUUGAAGCCGAAGCCGAACCGAAAAUUUCUCAAAUGAGUUCUAAUUGGGCCGGGCUAAACCAAUUAGUAGCAUUUAUUCUUGUGUAAUAAAUAAAUUGCCAACAAUUAUGACUUGCGAGUUCCACUCAAGCAUAAUCAAAUGAAAUGUUCAACAAAAUGUUUACGGCAAUUGCAGCUCAAAGCGCAAACAAACCAUAGACGAGGUGCAGCGUGUUGUGGCAGUGGCAAGACAGCUCAAAGAAAGCCGCAAGGCUCGCCCAGAAAUAUAUAAUUGGUAACAGCAGACGGAAGCCAGAGAAGCAGCACACUCCGACCGCCUGCCAACCGAGACGAGACGCAUGUGAGCGCAACCGAAACCCGAAGGAGCAAGUGACGAUGCCAAGAUGCCAUCGGCAGAUCAGAUCCUGUUCAUAAAUGUCACCACAACGGUGGCGGCGGCGGCUUUAACCGCUGCUGCCGCCGUCGGCAAUACCAAGUCCGGAGGCGGUGAUGUCGUCACGGAUGCGGCAGGCAUCGAGACGGAUACGGUGGCCAACAUAUCCGGCUCCCUGGUGGAGAGCCUCACCACCGUGGCGGCGGCUCUAAGUACGGCUCAAGCGGACUCUGACCUCGAUGAUGCCGGAGAGUGCGGCGGGGAAGUAGAGGAGCUGCACAGCAGUGUGCUGGGGCUGCAGCUGGCGGUGCCGGAAUGGGAGGCACUGCUAACCGCCUUGGUGCUGUCCGUUAUCAUCGUCCUGACCAUUAUUGGUAACAUCCUGGUGAUCCUGAGCGUGUUCACCUACAAGCCGCUGCGCAUCGUCCAGAACUUCUUCAUCGUGUCACUGGCGGUUGCCGAUCUCACGGUGGCCUUGCUGGUGUUGCCCUUCAAUGUGGCCUACUCUAUCCUGGGGCGGUGGGAGUUCGGCAUCCACCUGUGCAAGCUGUGGCUCACCUGCGACGUGCUCUGCUGCACCAGCUCCAUCCUCAACCUGUGCGCCAUCGCCUUGGAUCGCUACUGGGCGAUCACGGACCCGAUCAACUACGCCCAAAAGCGAACCGUCGGUCGCGUCCUGCUGCUCAUCUCCGGCGUCUGGCUGCUCUCGCUCCUGAUCAGCAGUCCUCCGCUGAUCGGCUGGAACGACUGGCCAGACGAAUUCACCAGUGCCACACCCUGUGAGCUGACCUCGCAGCGCGGCUAUGUCAUAUACUCCUCGCUAGGAUCCUUCUUCAUCCCGCUGGCCAUCAUGACCAUCGUCUAUAUCGAGAUCUUCGUGGCAACGCGACGACGCCUGCGGGAGCGAGCCAAGGCCAACAAGCUCAACACGAUCGCCCUGAAGUCCGCCGAGCUGGAGCCCAUUACUAACUCCUCGCCGGCCGCCGCAUCCGCAUCCGCCUCGGGCUCCAAGUCGCGUCUUCUGGCUAGCUGGCUGUGCUGCGGCCGUGAUCGCGCCCACUUCACCACGCCCAUGAUCCAGAACGACCAGGAGAGCAUCAGCAGUGAGACACACCAGCCCCAGCAGCAGCAUAUGGAUGGCUCAAAGGCGGGAUCCCAGGGCAGUGGAGAUCCGCAACAGCAGCAUGUCGUUGUCCUGGUGAAAAAGUCGCGGCGCGCCAAGAUUAAGGACUCGAUCAAGCACGGCAAGGCCAGGGGCGGACGCAAGUCACAGUCCUCGUCUACCUGCGAACCCCAUGGAGAGCAGCAGCUCCUUCCCGCCGGCGGAGGAGGUGGAGGUGGCUGUGGUGUCGGCGGCGGGCACUCGGGCGGAGGAAAGUCCGAUGCCGAGAUUAGCACAGAGAGCGGAAGCGAUCCCAAGGGUUGCAUACAGGUGUGUGUCACCCAAGCGGAUGAGCAGACAUCCCUCAAGCUAACCCCGCCGCAAUCAUCGACCGGCGCCGCUGCCGUAUCCGCCACACCGCUGCAAAAGAAGGCGAGCGGCGUCAACCAGUUCAUCGAGGAGAAGCAGAAAAUUUCGCUGUCCAAGGAACGUAGGGCAGCCCGUACUCUGGGCAUCAUUAUGGGCGUCUUUGUCAUCUGCUGGCUGCCCUUCUUCCUCAUGUACGUCAUCCUGCCCUUCUGCCAGAGCUGCUGUCCCACGAACAAGUUCAAGAACUUCAUCACAUGGCUGGGCUACAUCAACUCCGGCCUGAACCCAGUCAUCUACACCAUAUUCAACCUGGACUACCGGCGGGCUUUUAAGCGACUCCUGGGCCUCAACUGAGAUCCGUUUGGGGGAUUGAGGAUGGACAAGAGUUGGGGGAGGGAACGAAGAGGCGAGCGGGAGAGCGUUACUCAGAGCGUGUGCCAAACCUAAAGGGAGGAUGAUCAGCAGAGAUCUCAGUCCAAAAUUGGUCCCCAGUCCGAUAAAUAUUCGCACGAAAACUACUGUCGAACUUCUAAAGCGAAGCUGCUCAUACAGUGGCUUCUGGACACUGCGUGGUCAGCUCUGUUCUACAGCUUAAACUAUUUUUACAUUUUCCAAGACCCAAGGUUUGAUGAUAUUUCUCCUUCUCUAUAUUUUAUUAUUAUAAUUUAAUUUUACUUUAAGUAAUAUGUAAUUAGUUUUGAUUGCGGGAAAGAUUACCAUGAACCUUAUAGGUUAUACUUUUGAGCCUGUUUCCCAAACGAACUUGGAGAAAUAUAUUGCGAAUAUCUACUGCCAUUAACAUGAUUCGACUUACUUACUAGGUAAGGAAAGUUCAAGUUCAAGAAGUUCGAUUCUAUUUAGAUUUUCGUAACGAAAAUAACGUCUUUCAGGGGCAUAACUGCUCCGCAAGGCAUUGCAAUGACCCCUAAGAUAAAUGUAAGCUGUUGAAUACUCAUACAUAAAAGCGGUACAGGUGGAAUAAGAUUAGGGGAAUAAAUCUCACGUCGGCCACGUCCAUAAAGGAAAUCAUCACAACUACAUGCUAAUCGAAUACAUAACCAUACGUUCAUUAUAAACAAGCUAAGUGACAUCCCAAACGAGAAAAGCAUCAACUUGAAUUUAAUAAAAUUAAAUUAAAUGUUUAGGCACAGGACUUGUGGCAAAACUUUCGUGUUUCACUCUAUGCGUAUGGUAAAAACCAAAGAAAAAUGUUAGUUAAAUGAAAUCUGCGCUCAAAAUAUGUAAAAGUAAAGGAAUUAAGCGAAAUACAAAACUUCCAAGAAAUGAAAUAUGUUUUCUAGGCAUUACUUUAACGAUUUGUAUUAAAUUGUAAUUUAAUUGUAGGUAAAUGAAAAACUAAACUACUAUACUUAAUGUAUACUUUCAAAUACGCUUUAAACUAUUUGUUAAAUAAUUUAACGAUUAAUUGUUUUUAUGACAGAGCAACAAUUGUGUUGAGUGGGCAGCUAAAAGCUUGCGCAUCGAAAAUUACCUAAGAUAGAUAAAUGUUUAAUUGCACAUUGAUUGCAGAAUGCAACAAAGUUAGCAAACUGGAGUACUAUAAUUCGAUGUAUAAACCAACGUACAUGCUAUAUCGUAUAUACCACAAUUUAUGACUUUUAACGACGAUGUACGAUAAUUUCACUAAUUAAACUUGUUUAACGAGCAAAUGCAAGCUAAGCAUAAACGAAACCAACAAAAGACAGAUUCGAAUAAAAGUUAUGAAGGAAAA